AUGACAGUCUCAGCAGACGCCUCGUCAGUAUUGGCCUCAAUGCUAUCUGCUAUAAAAAGGGCUAGAGUUCGGGUUCGCCUAGAUGCCCCGGGCAACGUUAGAAAACAGAAGAGAAUAAUCAGCAUUGCAGCUUGGCAAGCUCGGUGGGACCGGUCUGAUAGAGGCAGAUGGACGCACCGGCUCCUCCCUGACGUUGGGCGCUGGUUAACAAAACCACCGCUAACCCUGACUUUCCGACUGACACAGAUGCUUUCGGAGCACGGAUGCUACCGGAGCUAUCUGGAGAGGUUCAACCGGGCGGACGACAGCUAUUGCGUAUACUGCCCCGACCCCGACGACACUGUUGAACAUACGGUUUUUAUCUGCCCGAGAUGGCUUGACGACCGCGCUCGAAUGACAAAGAUUAUGAGGCGAUCUCCGAACGUGGGCGAUGUGGAGGAGAUCCUGUGCGAUCCCCUGCCACACGCAUUGCCAGAAGACGCCGAAGCCCGAAGGAGAAUCAGCAAACAGGCUGAAACUAAUCGUCUGGAGUUCAUUCGCAUGGUUGAGACGAUUCUGUCGACCAAAGAAAAGGAUGAACAUGAAGAUGAGGCUUUGCAAAGGGCACAAGGGAAUGUGCGCACUGCACGGUUGUGA